UCGUCGAGCCGGCCAGCCGGCGGGCGACGCGGCCGAGCGGGGGGCGCCGGGCCCGCGCGCGCACACACACACACACAGACACACACACACGACACAGACACACACAGACACAGACACACACACCACACGCGCGCGCGCGCGCACACACGCACGCACGCGGGGGCGGGGGCCGGCGCGCGCCCGCCUGUCGCGACAGUCGGGGCCGAGGCCCAGGGGGAGGUGGCCUGUCGCGGCUCGCCCGGCUCCCGGAGGCCAGGGGGGCGCGGGCGGAUGGCGGAAGGCGCCCAGCCGCAGCCGCCGCCGCAGCAGCUCGGGCCCGGCGCCGCCGCCCGGGGGAUGAAGCGGGAGUCGGAGCUGGAGCCGCCGGUGCCCGGAGCGGGCGGAGACGGAGCCGAGCCCGGCCUGAGCAAGCGGCCGCGCACCGAGGACGCGGCGGCCGACGGCGGCGGGAUGCAGAACGAGCCUCUGACCCCAGGUUAUCAUGGAUUCCCGGCACGGGACAACCAGGGUAACCAGGAGCCAACAACAACUCCUGACGCAAUGGUUCAGCCUUUCACCGCCAUCCCGUUUCCGCCGCCGCCGCAGAACGGCAUCCCCCCGGAGUACGGCGUGCCCCACACGCAGGACUACGCGGGCCAGACCAGUGAGCAUAACCUGACGCUCUACGGGGGCGCCCAGGCCCACGGGGAGCAGAGCAGCAACUCGCCCAGCGCCCAGAACGGCUCCCUGACGACAGAAGGGGGCGCGCAGACUGAUGGACAACAGUCACAGACACAAAGUAGCGAAAACUCAGAGAGUAAAUCGACCCCUAAGAGACUCCACGUCUCCAAUAUCCCUUUCCGCUUCCGGGACCCUGACCUCCGGCAGAUGUUUGGGCAGUUUGGCAAAAUCCUAGACGUAGAAAUAAUCUUUAAUGAACGUGGCUCGAAGGGAUUCGGGUUCGUAACUUUCGAGAAUAGUGCUGAUGCAGACAGGGCCAGGGAGAAAUUGCACGGCACCGUGGUAGAGGGCCGUAAAAUCGAGGUGAAUAACGCGACGGCACGUGUGAUGACCAAUAAGAAGAUGGUCACACCAUAUGCAAAUGGUUGGAAGUUAAGCCCAGUGGUCGGAGCGGUCUACGGCCCCGAGUUAUAUGCAGCAUCCAGCUUCCAGGCAGAUGUGUCCCUGGGCAACGAGGCGGCCGUGCCCCUGUCGGGAAGAGGAGGCAUCAACACGUACAUUCCUUUAAUCAGUCUCCCUUUAGUUCCUGGCUUCCCUUACCCAACUGCAGCCACCACGGCGGCCGCUUUCAGAGGAGCCCACCUGCGGGGCCGAGGGAGGACGGUGUACGGUGCGGUCCGAGCGGUACCUCCAACAGCCAUUCCCGCCUACCCAGGUGUGGUUUACCAGGACGGAUUUUACGGUGCUGACCUCUAUAUAGAGUCUGCAAACUGCUUCAGAUCAAACAGGGCGGAUAUGCAGCCUACAGAUAUGCACAGCCCACUGCAACUGCAGCCACCGCUGCUGCCGCCGCUGCCGCAGCUUACAGCGACGGUUACGGCCGGGUGUACACAGCCGACCCUUACCACGCUCUCGCCCCUGCCGCUAGCUAUGGAGUUGGCGCUGUGGCAAGUUUAUACCGAGGUGGCUACAGCCGAUUUGCCCCCUACUGAAGUGACGUGAGACCCAGCAGUCAAUGAGGCCUGGCUAUUGCAAUAUUUACAAGUAGAGGAACUCUAUAGCAAGAUGAAGAGGAAAACAAAACAAAACAAAACAAACAAAAAAAAACCACAAAAAAAAAGAGAGAAUACUUUUUUAUACCUCACUAUGUUCUUUGAAUAUGUAUUUUUUUUCCUUUAAAUUUCUGCCUUUAAUUCUUUUGUUCCAAAGAUUGUGCAUUUUUUUUCUUUGAUUUUUCUUUUUUUUUUUUUUAACUGUGGUAAAAGAAAAAAAAAAUUCAUUCAUUUCCAUGUCUGUAUGUUCGUGCUUAGCUUAUUCUGUCAAUCACGGAAGAGGUAGUUCGUGAGGAAAGAAGAGACUUGUGGAGCUGAUAAAUACGUCUGAUCAGAAAUCAGCAGACAGAGUUACCAAAGUGUAUCUGGUGCUGAAUGGCCGGGUCACGCAGGAGCGAAAGAGCCCUUUCUGCCAGCGGGAUCGUUUUUUUUCUCAUCUUCCGAGUUUCUGGCCGUUGGCAGGCAGCUCUCUCAUUGGCUGAGGCCGGAAUCCACGUAAAAGCAGGAGACUGUAGCAGGACACUGUCCUCUUCCUCCCGUCUUCUCCAUUCUUUUUGGCAAUCAUCCCUCAGGCCCAGCCUGAGGCCGUUGGCAUAGCGUUUGGAAGCAGAGCCUGCGCGUUCCCAGACACGCUCUCCGCCCGCCUGCCCGCUGGGUCCGGGGCGCCUUCUCGUAAGGAAGCGGUCUCCGAACGAACUCUGGCGUGUGGACAAGGUCACUCUUGGCUUUCUCGUGUUCCCGCGUAGACCUCUUCGCUUCUUAACUCGAACCACAGUCGAGCUCAUCUGUCCUUACUAUUAACACCCUGCUCCCAUGUCCUCAGAAAUUCAGGAUUUUCGGACCCAGGGACCGAAGAAUAAAUAGCCAGCGGGCAGAUUGCCCCGGGGGGUUAGGGGGGGACUGGGCAAAACCCCGAGGGUUAGUUCCCAGGGCCGAUCUAGAGGGCAGGGAGGGGAACGGGGGUGUCCGGUGGGGUCUGUCUAGCCGCGCUCUCGGUAUUCCUGGCCUCUCUCUCUCUUGAGCAGAAAAUCAGCAGAGAGGGAGCUGAGCCCGACGAGGCCUGCCGUCCCUGGGGCGCGGUGACACGGGGCGCGUGAGGGCAGGCCACGGCACUGCGUACUCGCUCCAAAGCCAUAGGAAUUUUUCAUCUUCCAGAGCCUUUAUGAGUCCCUUCUCCGUCCGCAGUCUCCAGCCCUCGUGGCCACUACGCCCAGCUCCUCGAGACCCUCCAAAGAUAACGCCACUGAGCACCUGCCGUCCGGGCCCCCCACCCCCCACCCCUCUGCACCCGAGGCUGUUCCCCUCCCGUGUCCGGAGGCGCCGAAACAGCCGAGAUUCUCUUGCUUGCAGCCGGUGGUGGCCGCUGCCAGGGCGAGGUCUGGGAGGAAGGAUUUCCCUGUAGUGGUCAGCCUGGCUGCCCAGAGCCGGAGCCCCCUGGCCUCCCUGUAGGUACCGGGUGACCUUUCACCCCUGCAGAGCUGCCCCUGCCUUUAUGCCCGGGCACGGCGUGGCCGCUUGGGUAGGGGUUGGUGUUGGGCUUUUUUGAACCCCCCUCUCCCACCGCCUCUGCUCGCGUGCUUGACUGACAGCGACUCGUGUCUCCAAAUUCAGUGACCCCCUUGUACACAGAGCCACAUCUCUGGGGUCCACGUCUCCUUCCCCUCGAAAAGCCGCUCUCCCGAGGGCGGGGGGAGGGCACCCAGGAAGCCAGAGGCCCCGAUGCAAUUCUGCUUCAUCCCGGGGAGGCAGGCGGCGGGCUGGGGUGGGGUGGGUGAGGGGGCCGGGCUCCCCUCCUCAAGCCAAGGCGAGGUGUGCGGCUGUUAAGACCGUUUUCGUUGCGUGUAUAUAGACGUUUCAGUUAGAGGCAGGGGCGCGGGGUGUGGGGCUUUCACUGGGCUAAGGAACUGGGGGGCAGGGAGGAUUUUUUGGUUCCCUCUUUUUUUUGUUUUUGUUUUUCUUUUUCCUUUUUCAAGGGAGUGCGUUUCCCGACUCAAGAAACGGAGAAAGACACGUCGUGUCGUGUCCCGAGACGGGCCUUGGGCACCCAGGCGCGUCGCCCAGGCCGGAUGGUUUCCCGCCCAGGGAUGGAAGAGAGAGGGAGGAGGAUUCGCUCUUCCCUGCACUCCCGGGGAGGGGUGGGGGGUGGGGGGGCCGGAGCGGGCACUGCGCCCUGUGUGCGUCUCAGUUCAGCUGGCACUGGCUGAGGCUGCCCUGGGCCUGACCCACCUCGUCCUCGGGCUUGGGAUUGAUCCUGCAAGAGCCCCCCCCCCCCCCGCCCCGACACACACACACACACACACACACACACACACACGCCCUCCAUGCUCGCACCCGCCGGGGCCAGCUGCCAGCUUCCCCGUCAGCCCUGGGCAUCCCCUGCGUGGCGCCCCGCCCCCCACCCCCCGAGGCAGGUUCCUCGAAGCCGCAGGGUCCCCAGCUCCUGACUUGACUUCCCCAGCGCCCCGUCAGAAGAGGAGGGCUCUGGCGGGCAGCCCCCCCCCCCCCCCAAGGUGUGGCGCCGAGUCCCAAGAGAGCCAAGAUGGUUCGGGCAGCUCCCUUGCAGCUGGAUGCUCGGGUCUCCUUCCAAGGCGUGACCCCACCCCCAGGAGGCCCUCCAGGGCUGCCCUGGUCUGCCCGCCGCCUCUCCCGGGACCCCCAACAGCCCACCCUUCCAUCUUGGCCAGAGCCCCCUCGAGUUCACAGCACCGUCUGUCUCCCCCAUUGGGCCCAGCCCAGCCCUGGCCACGGCUCCAUCCUCUUUCCGGCUCUCAGGUUAUCCCAAGACCGACUUAAUACCACCGUCCGCACCCCGGCCUUCCCCGAGGGAGUUGAGCCACUUGUAUCUUUCUUUUUUUUUUUUUUCUGGAAGAAGGGAAAGGGAGGGACGGGGUGGCCAGCUCUGUGUUUUAAGGGGAGCUAGGGGCCACGGCAGGUUUUCCUCCAAGGCGUUACUGUGUGGGGCCGAGUGGCUCCGAGUCUAGGUUCUGCUUUCCCAGAGUGAGAGCGUGGGAGUCCGUGGCACGCCGCCUCCUGGCACCUGGUACCUGGCAUGGAACUCGCAGGGGGGGCCUGGGGCCUGGGGAAGUGGCUCCAAAAUCUGCAAAGCCCCCUUCCCUGCAGCAGGAGGGCAGCGCCCCUCGAGGGAGCCCCUCUCCCCACCGAGCCUAGCACAGUACCCUUAGCGGACUUGCAGAGUUGUUUGUUUUUGUUUUUUUUUCUCCCCCCAGAUAAUAGGAGGAAAGGGAACUUGGGGUGGGUGGGGAUGGGGUAGUGGUGUUUUCAAAGCUUACGUUACCUGUUUGCACUGUUUCUAAGAUAGGUAAGACAUAGUGGGCAAGGUGGUCAUCCGACGUAAAUCCGUGUGUGUUCCUUUCGUCAUGCUCUUCAGGCUGUUUGUAGUAGACACCAGUGAAACUUGAUUCUCGGUUGCAUAAAACACAAAAAAAAAAAAAGGAAAAGAAAAAAAUUUUUUAUUAUUUUUUGGAAACGUUCCCGUCCAAAAGCCUCUGCCCUCUCUUUCCCUUCCUCCCGCGCCUUCUUCCUUCAUCCUUGCUCUCCCGGCCCACCAGGCAAUAGCCACCCAGGACCCCGGCGCGGAGCAGGGCCCGUGGGCAGCCUCUGACCCCGACCCGUGUCACGAGCGCGUUCGAGGCUCUGGCACCUGUCCUGGAGGAUGAGGCCCAAGGACCAGCCCCCAGCCAGUGACCCAAACGCCUCAUUCCCGCGCGCUCCGUAUCAGGAGCCCGGGACGGGGGGGCAAGGGUUGGAGAAAGGGACCCUCGCGUCUUUCGGGGGGGCCGGAGCAGUGGAGUUCUCCCCCAUGUUACCGGAACUGUAGCCAGUUACAGUUUACUCAGGAAAACGGUCGAUCAAUUCAGCCAUGGUAAUGCUGGUUGCCGGGAUUGGUAACGGAGAGAAACCACUCGCGGCCACAUCGCCCCCCCCCCACCCCCCGCCCCAGUGGGUUCCCAGGGUGCCGUGUGCUGGCGAGGGGGUGGCCCGCCCAGGCACGCAGACGAGGGAACGUGGGUUCUCUUUUGUCCUCCCUCUGCCCCCCCCCUCUGUGACCGACACCAGAGUCCCAGGGGCCCUUGGAGCUUUUGAAGUUUUUCUUUCCUGACGGUUUUGGUUUCCUUUGGUUUGGCUUUGUCCGGGGACUUGAUAAGUGCUUUAAGCAACGUCUCUACCCCAUCCAGACUCCCAGCCUAGUCAUUUUCUUGGUAUUUUUUUUUCUGUUCACAGUAUUUGUGUGUGUGCGUGUGUGUGGUGUGUGUGUGUGUGUGUGUGCGCGCGCUUUUGGCAGCUCGUUUCGGCUGUAUUAUAUAUCGAGUGAUGAAUUGAUUCUCUUUCUCCCACCCCCGCACCCCCCGCGCCCUAAGGGAUAUGAACUGUUUUGGGGUGGUUGCUGUUGUUGUUGCUGUUGUUGUUGUUGGGUUUUUUUUUCUCGUGUUUGAAUUCUGCUUGUGAAUAGCUGGAGCGAACCUGGGGCCGACCCACGGAAGCUAGGGGUGCAGGGUGAGAAGAGGCGGGGCAGGGUGGGGUGGAGGGGGUUGCCCCCCCCCGCCCCCGACAGACUGCCUCACCCGGGUCUCCGAGCUCUUCGGUCCAAAUCUCUGCAAGGCUGAAAUGCCAUCGAACCUCUCCCCCCUCCUCCCCGUGCCUCGUGGCAGGACCCCCACCCUUCCCGCCAUAUGCCCCCUGCAGUCCUCUGCCCCCUCCCAUUGCCAUGGCAACACAGGUACCUUUGGGGCACGGGGGCGUCAUUUGGGAUGCUUGUAUAAUCGACCACCUCGCCUUCUCUCCCUCUCCACCCCCAUCCCCCUCCCACCCCAAAUCACUUCCUAGGACCCCCAAGCUGCUGGCCAGGGUCCCGUUUCCCUGCGAACUCCAGAGAAGCACCCGGGCUUUGUGACGGUCUCCCCCCACCCCUCCCCAUCCCCCACCCCCGCCCCGUUAAGAAUCAUAUGUAUAGUAGCUUUCAGACCAUACAGUAUUCAUUGGGUUACUCCUAUUAUCAUCAAGUAGCUGGAAUUGUGAAGGUCGGAGUAGUUAGAUCUUUAGCUUUUAUUCCUUCCUUUUUUUGUAUUCCUAUCCAUGUGUAUAAAUUAUUGAUCAUGUUGCUGGCUUUUAUAAACUCUAAGCGAGGGAGGAGCCGCUGCCUCCGCCUUUGCAAAUGGUAAUGAAGCACUGUUUUUAAAUAAAAGAGAGAAACACCGUC